CACAGAUAGAGUUACCGAGCUGCACAACCACACGCCCAGCAGUAUGGCUUCGAGAAAAACCAGUAUCUUCCUCCUCGGGCUGCUUCUCUCAUGUGUUGCCAUGAGUGGCGCUGUGCGGACCUUGCAGGAGGAGGCCGUUCCGUCCAAGGACGAUGAGCACAAGCCCGAGCUGCCACUGCUUCCCGAGGUCGAGCUGCCGCCAUUCCCGGAGGUUCUUCUGCCACCAAAGCCCGAGCUGCCCAAGGUAGAGCUGCCCUCGUUCCCCGAGGUGCACCUGCCACCCAAGCCAGAGCUACCAACAUUCCCAGAGGUGCACCUUCCAGCCAAGCCGGAGUUUCCAAAGGUGGAGCUGCCACCGAAGCCGGAGAUGCCAGCCAUUCCGGAGUUCCACUUCCCAGAGCCGGAGGCCAAGCCAUGAUGAUUGACUGACUGUCUUCACUUGUGUCCUUUCCUUUCCCCACUUUUGUACAUUUGUAUCCGGUUCUUGUGUUGCGCUUUUGUGUGAUUGUUGGUCCGGGUUUUCCGCGAGUCUUGUGCGCGAUGCGUGAUCGGUGAAUCAUUUAUCAGUAUAUCGCCUACUUACAUGUCACUAGUAAGCUUGUCUCAUACCGUGUCAUAAAAAAAUUGUGAAUCCUAUUUCUUUUUUAGCU